UAAGUUUACUGCGUACUUGGAAAAAUGUCAUUGAAAAUUGAGCAAUAUACAGCUAUUUCAAAAUGCACUCAAGAUUGACAGUUAUUUUUAUCGAAUGGCUCCGACGCAAAAUGGCCGACGAAUGACGACCCAAUCCCCAUUGGCUUACAGGGCGCAUCAAACAUCUAGCCAUAUUCGUAUAUAACAUCUAUAAUCCUGUUUAGGUUCUGUCCAAAGAGCACAUUGCUUUCUGGAAAGUUUAAAUAUUCACUGAAUUUUUACCUUUCUAAUUCGUUAGGAUUCUAUUACUGUGUAGUUAACGGAGCUGUGAUAUUACGUUGUACGUUACAGCUCUACUGCUAGCUAGCUAAAUGUAAACUGUGCGUUUGUAUGUUAGCUUAGCCAGUUUAAACGCUCUUAUUUCUAUUUUAAAUUGAACAACCCAAGACGAGAUCAUCUAAAUAAAAUGGACGAUUUGACAACUCCGUACGACGAUGACUCGGCGAUAGAGUUCAUUGAUUGUUCGGUGUGCGAAAUAUCAUUGAGGGGCCAUAAUUUGUAUAAAAUACACGUGACGACGUCGGGACACUUAAAGAAAGAGGAUGCCGCCAUCGCCGCGGGUGUCAUGGUUCGGGAACAAAUGGUGCCCAAAUUCCAGGAUAUUUUGGAAUACGUCGAUUACCUGAAGCUCGACGAGCCAGUCAUCGGUUUAAACUUUUUGGAGGAGGAGCCAAGCAUGCAUGCCGACCGUUACAAUAUAGGCCCCCGAUACACGUGCACGCUGUGUAAUACCUCCGGCUCCUCACCGGAAAUGAUCCAUCACGUGAUUGGGCGGAAACACAGGCAGAAAUACAUUGAGACAAAGCGUCCAGAUCUGGUGACAUGGGAGAAACAUUCGAAUUUUACGCAAAUGGGAAAGAUUAUUCGCACUAGAGCGGAGAUCAUCGCCAGGCAGGAUGGAAGCGGAUAUCCCGUGCCAAUGAAGAAAAGUAAGAACACAGGAAAAUUACCGACAAAAGUUCCCCCAUGGCUGAGGCAGAAUGAAGACACCCUUAACUCCUCAGGCCCGCAUCACCAGAACCAGGAUUUUCGAGGCUCGCACCCCAGGGGUUCUAUCCCGAGCCUCCUGAACAUACCCCCCUUGCACCCGGCCAGGGCUCCCUCACUAAACGUGGCUGAUAGCAGACAGACAACGAACCCGUGGGAGCGGCAGCUAGCGAGGGGUGACGACUGGGAGAGAGGUCCUCACCACGGAAAAGGCUUGGACCCGGAUAGUUAUCUGGAUAACGCUGUCACAAGAAGUCAUCACGAGCCCAGUAACGAGACACGACGGGGUUGGGAUCAACCUGCCGAAGGUUACGGGGAGCCAGGAACAAACAAAAACUUUUUCUCAGAGAAAGUACAGCUGCAGUUUCAGCCCAGUCUUUCGGAUAAUCAAGGAGAUCAGCGGCACUGGUCUUCUGACAAGGAUCCGAUCCUAAAACUCGGCUCGAGCAAUCCGAAACCCCCUACGAGGAAUGUCCGCUCACCUCCGGACCACCCUGAUGGGAAUUUUAUAGACUACCGUCACGGAGCGCGACAAGCAGAGUCGCUUUCGGCCGGUCCCGACAAUUCCCGCACCCCUUCACAAGAUUUCGGUGGCAUGCUGGACAUCCCGGAGUCUUUCCGCCGUUUCAUGAGUGGCCCCGCCGACAAUGAGGCGUCCUCGAAACGCAAAAGAAAGAGUCGCUUCUCAGACGCCACACCCGAAGAAGUGGAGUCGGCCAACCAGAUGUUCAGCAACCGUCCCCCAGAUGCCAAACUCAGAAAUCCUCUGAGAUCAGACGUUGAAACGGUACAGCAGGGGACUCGCGGAACUUUCCGUCAUCUGAACCAAUUUUCACAAACAAAGCAGCAAAACAGUCCCAUGGGACUGCAGAUGUCUUCAAAACACUCUCACGGUCAAACACUCCGGCAAGAUUCCGACUUUAGAAGAGCCGAAAACGUCUACGGGAGGGAACACAACUAUGGAGAGGGAAACUGGACCAACAUGCGCGAUGCCCAAGAGUUGUACAAACAAGGACACAGAGAGGCCGGAGGGUAUGAGGAAAAUGCCGGUCAGGAAGAAAUAUACUCUGCACGUCGUUUGGAAGAGCAAGUGCUGCAGAAUGACUGCUUUGAAAGGGGCGCGCAAGAGACCGACCGCUUCCAAAGAGGCGCGCUUGAGACCGACCGCUUCCAAAGAGGCGCGCUUGAGACCGACCGCUUCCAAAGAGGCGCGCUUGAGACUGACCGCUUCCUAAUAGGUGCGCAGGACACCGACCGCUUUCAAAGAGGCGCGCAGCAGACCGGAAGAGGCGCACACCAGACCGACCGUGACGAAAGAAGCGCUCAACAGGCCGACCGCGACGAAAGAGGCGCGCAACAGACCGACCGCUUCGGAAGAGGUGCCCAGCAGGCUGACCGCUUUGGAAGGGGCGCGCAGCAGAUUGACCGCUACGAAGGAGGCGCCCAUCAGACCGACCGCUUCGGAAGAGGCGCCCAUCAGACUGACCGCUUCGGAAGAGGCGCCCAUCAGGCCGACCGCUUCGGAAGGGGCGCCCAACAGGCCGACCGCUUCGGAAGGGGCGCGCAGCAGGCCGACCGCUACGAAGGAGGCGCGCAACAGACCGACCGCUACGAAGGAGGCGCGCAACAGACCGACCGCUACGAAGGAGGCGCGCAACAGGGCGACCGCUACGAAGAAGGCGCGCAACAGGGCGACCGCUACGAAGGAGGCUCGCAGCAGACCGACCGCUACGAUAGAAGCGCGCAGCAGACCGACCGCUUCGGAAGAGGCGCCCAACAGGCCGACCGCUUCGGAAGAGGCGCCCAACAGGCCGACCGCUUCGGAAGAGGCGCCCAACAGGCCGACCGCUUCGGAAGAGGCGCCCAACAGGCCGACCGCUUCGGAAGAGGCGCCCAACAGGCCGACCGCUUCGGAAGAGGCGCCCAACAGGCCGACCGCUUCGGAAGAGGCGCCCAACAGGCCGAGCGCUACGAUAGAGGCGCGCAGCAGGCCGACCGCUUCGAAAGGGGCACUCAGCAGUCCAACCGCUGCGAAAGAGACUCGCAGCAGGUCGACCACUACGAAAGAGGCGCCCAGCAGGUCGACAGCUCCCAUGGAAGCGCCUGGCUGCCCGACCGCUCCCAAGGGGAUGCCAGACGGCCCGACCGCUCGCAAGGCGUCACCCGGUGGGCUGACCGCUUUGAAAAUGAGGCCCAAGAGCCCGACCGCUUCGAAGGAGGCGCUCAGCAGCAGAUCCAGCAGGGUGACCUCCAAACAGGCUCUCAGGGGUUUUACAAUUCUCACUUGCCACCCUUGGAUGUAGAGAGCGACGCCACUUACCAGAACACUCAGUAUACCAAUAAAUUGGAAAAACUCAAAUCCACUAUCCUGCAAUACAUGGCCAGGAAUUAAGUCAGAUCAUGUACUACUGUAUCCUCGUAGUUCUUUCGGUGGAAGAUUUGAAAUUAAACGUGUUCUUUGUUGAAAGUGACCUUUGCUGGAAUUCCAUUUUUUUCACCCAUUGUUUCAUGCAUAGCAUAAGGUCCAGAUGAGUGUUUCAACUGGAUGAAAUUUGUCAUCUGUGGUGUUUUAAUUGAAUUAUAAUCACUUUUGUUAAGUCAAACUGCUCUGCAAACAAGCAGAUUUCAAAUCUGUGACAGUAUGACCUUACGUAAAGAGGCAAGCAAAAUAGACCAACUAAAUAGCCAUCCAUUUAUUGUAUACCUUCCAUCAACGACGUGUAAAUGUGAACU